GCGAGCGCGAUUGCAGACUAAUAGAGUAGCAUUGUAGUGGAAGCAACUCUCUACAUUUGGCACUCUCUACAUUUGGCGUAGUCGGCAGGAUACGAACGACCCACAGACAUGGCGGUAGCGAAGGCGGGCAGAGCCCCUAAAGAGUUUGUUCCUGAUUAUGGACACAACGUCGCCAGUGAGUUCGAACUGUGGCUAGAAGACGCUAAUGAUUAUAUGACUAUAUGCAAAGUGACAGACCCCGCAGAGAAGAGAAGCCUCUUUCUGAACUUGGCUGGACUGAGUAUCAGACGAGUCGUAAAAGGACUGGCUAUCCCGGAUGUGGUAGGAGAAGAGGGAGAUCCAUACAAAGCAAUGACUGACGCAGUCCUAGCGCACUUCCGUCCAUCCGUGAAUACAACGUCUGAGCGACACAAGUUCCGCCAAUUAAAACAACAAGGCCAAGAGACCGUGACAGCGUUCGUAGGACGCCUACGAGCCAAGGUAGAAGCAUGUGAGUUUGAAUCAACGCGGGUAGACACGAUAGUGAACGGACAGAUUCGAGACCAACUGAUUGUUGGGCUAAGAGAUAACGAUAUUCGAAGGGAACUACUGAAAGAGUCACAACUCACCUUGGCUCAAGCAGUGUCAAAAGCGGUGGCAUGUGAGUCAUCUAUAGCUGACAGCUCCCUGUAUGAGGAAGUUCCACCGCCAAGCCUAGCAAACAAAGUGAGUCAAUCAAAUCCAUUGAGUAAAGGAAAUGCUGGGAAGUGCAGAUACUGUGGUUGCCACCAUACUAGAGGGAAACAACAUUGCCCGGCCGCAGAGAGUCAGUGCUCCCACUGUCACAAGAUGGGGCACUUUGCUGCCGUGUGUUUCCGUAAGACCAAGAUGGCAGUGGCACGUGCAGUGGACCAAGAAGGACUCGGCCUAGAAGCGGAUGAACAGACAAAUCGGGUGACUGAGGAUUACGACACGGUGUACAAGACAGGGAGUGGGCAACAGUCGAAACACUUCACAAGGACACUAACAGUCAACGGAAAACGUUGCAGAGGCCUGCUGGACACGGGGGCAACGAGAACCCUCAUCACCGCAGACGUAGUGGCAGCAACACGACCAAGCCACACAGUUCUUACGGCCUAUGACGGCACGCCGGUCACAACACUCGGAGUAGCAGAUGUGACCAUAUCGUCCGGCAACAAGUCUUGCACAUGCACGUGCUUUGUGGUCCCAACAGGACAAACUGUACUCUUCGGCCAAGACGUUAUCAUACAGCUGCAGUUGUUGUCAGUUGCGGACGUGAAUGUAGUCAAAGUCAGACCGGUGGACAUCACCGUCGAUCCCAAGGCAACGCCGGUCGCUCUUCCUCCCAGGCGCCAUGCCUUCAGUCUACGAGAAGCUAUCGAAGCGGAGAUCAAGAGGCUGGAAGAACGCGGUGUGAUCGAGUCAGUUCAGGAAGCCACACCGUGGGUAUCGCCGCUAGUACCAACAAGGAAGGCGAAUGGCACGCUAAGACUGUGCGUGGACUACAGACGUCUGAACAAAGCCAUCAUACGGGAGAGGCAUAUGUUGCCUACAUCAGAUCCCGCUGGCCCUGGAUUCUCGCCCAUACACCACGUUCGCAUCCCAUUGUGGCCUCUACCGAUUUAA